AGGGGACGCCGCGGGGGGCGCGGAGCGGGGGGCGGGGCGCGCGGGGCCAACGCCGAGGGGCGCGGGCGCUGCCGGAAGCCGUGGCAGGGCGGGGCGCACGGGCGGGAUGCGGUGAAGGGCGAGCGGCGCGGCGGGCGCGAUGAGUGCCUCCGCGGCCACAGGGGUCUUCGUGCUGUCCCUCUCGGCCAUCCCCGUCACCUACGUCUUCAACCACCUGGCAGCCCAGCAUGAUUCCUGGACACUUGUAGGGGUGGCUGCCCUCAUCCUGCUCCUGGUAGCCCUGCUGGCUCGUGUCCUUGUCAAAAGAAAACCACCCCGGGACCCGCUAUUCUAUGUGUUUGCAGUUUUUGGAUUUACCAGUGUGGUGAACCUCAUCAUAGGACUGGAACAAGAUGGAAUCAUUGAUGGAUUCAUGACAUACUACUUGAGAGAGGGUGAACCCUAUCUGAACACUGCACAUGGGCACAUGAUCUGCUACUGGGAUGGCUCUGCCCAUUAUCUGAUGUACCUGGUGAUGGUGGCAGCCAUAGCAUGGGAGUAAGUCCAUUCACAGCUGUGUAUCUUUGCCACCUUCGCUCCUGACAAGCGGAGAAAGUUAUAGAACCAUUGGCCUAUACUGGGUUGGAUCUAUUAUUAUGAGCACUGUUGUUUUUGUGCCAGGAAACAUUGUUGGGAAGUAUGGAACACGAAUUUGCCCUGCUUUUUUCUUAAGCAUACCAUAUACUUGUCUUCCUGUCUGGGCUGGUUUCAGAAUCUAUAAUCAGCCAUCAGAAAUUUAUAAUUAUCCCUCAAAGGUUGUGCAAGAAGCCCAAGCAAAGAGCUUGCUGAGAAGACCAUUUGAUUUAACGUUGGUUGCUUGUCUCCUCCUCGCAACUGGAUUUUGCCUAUUCAGAGGCUUGAUUGCUUUGGAUUGCCCAUCUGAACUGUGCCGAUUAUAUGUACAACUUCAAGAGCCCUAUCUCAGGGAUCCUGCUGCCUAUCCUAAAAUUCAGAUGCUGGCAUAUCUGUUCUAUUCUGUCCCUUACUUUGUGAUUGCGCUGUAUGGCUUAGCAGUUCCUGGGUGUUCCUGGAUGCCUGACCUAACACUGAUACAUGCUGGAGGCCUAGCUCAGGCUCAGUUUUCUCACAUUGGUGCUUCUCUUCAUGCCAGAACGGCUUAUGUCUACAGAGUCCCUGAAGAUGCAAAAACCCUUUUUUUAGCAUUAAAUACAGCAUAUGGAAUUCUUCCUCAACUCUUGGCCUAUCGUUGUAUCUACAAACCAGAGUUCUUCAUAAAAACAAAAGCAGAUGAAAAGGUGGAAUAAAAAUACUACUUCAUGCUCUUCCUUUUUAGAUUUGUGGCUUUUGUCAUACUGGUACUGGUAUUUUGUCCCAUUUUAUCCUCUUCCCAUAUAUGAAUACUUAACACAUAAAUUCUUACUCUGCGUUAUAUGUUUGAGCUAUACCGUAUUGUGUAUUAUAAUUCUUUUUUUUUUUUUAAAGAAAAUAGAAGUUGUUGAGAAAGUUUGUUUAAAGAAAUAUAUUUGAAAUUAUUUGUGGGCAAACUUGAACAUCUAUCUCAAUAUUCUGUUUGACAUAUUAAAUAAUUGUAGAUGAAAAUUACAAUUUAGUGCCUACAGUAGUGAGCAUGAAAAUGAAACUAUUCAAAAAUGAAUAUGGUCUAUAUAUAUUAAAAACUCAAAAUAGCAAACAUAGGUUGGAAAAAUAAAUCUUCUAUGUAAGAUGUAUGUGCUUCAUUAUCAACCUCAAUAUAAAAGGCAAGUCAUCAGAGUAUUUUAAAACACUGUUUGAAAAUGUUUUCAUUUUUAGGAAAGUGACUUAUUUGCUGCUGUUUAAAAAUUGGUUUUACUAAUUUUUUGUGUGAAUUUAAAUAGCUAAAGAUAAUUUUAUGUUUGCCCUUAAUGAACACUUGUUUUAUUGGUGGCUGGAAAUAUUUUUAUUGUAUUUCUGUAUAUAUUUUUAAUAAAAUUAUUUUUGGCCU